AUGUCGCCGGCGGCGCCGCUGGACGACGAAAACCUACUCGCCGAGAUCCUCCUCCGCCUCCCCCCGCUGCCGUCUACCCUCCCCCGCGCCUCCCUCGUCUGCAAGCGCUGGCUGCUCCUCGUCUCCGACAUCCGCUUUUUCCGCCGCUUCCGCCGCCGCCACCGAUGCAGCCCUCCCCUCCCCGGCUGCUUCGUCCCAGACCGGGGAGGCGUCUCCUACACACCAACCAUGGAUUCCCCCGACCGUGUGCCCGCCGAGCGCUUCUCCUUGCAGCUCGACGGCAGCUGCUACUCCAAUCCCCUCGGCUGCCGCCACGGCCUCGUGCCCAUAUCCCCCAAUCUAUGGAAGCAAGUCCUGGUGUGGGAUCCCGUCACCGGCGACCAGCACCACAUUUCUUUUCCCCCAGGUUUAGACGGGAUUGCAAACUCGAUCCACGGGGCGGUGCGUCGUGCUGCCGGCGACGGCGAGGUCCACCACUUUCAGGUGAUCUUGGUAGGGGUUGUCGAAGUCGACAAACAACAUGUGGGAGUGCUUGCAUGUGUUUACUCGUCAGAUACCGGCGUCUGGGAUAAUAUCAUCUCAGUACUGAUUCCAUUCGAUGCAUAUACUACGAGAGUUCUCAAGUUCGAUUUGGAGAGGCAGAGUCUAGCUGAGAUACAACUGCCAGUGGGUAUGUCUGAAGAGGAGCUUCUCCAGUUGACGGUUAUGCGGGCUGAGGGUGGUGGACUGGGUUUACUCUACAUAUCAGGCUUCACCACCCAAUUAUGGAAGAGGAAGACCGACUGUGAUGGUGCUGCAUCAUGGGGGAUGGAAAGAACUAUUGAACUGGGCAAGCUGCUUUCCCUGAAUCCGGAGAAGGAGAGAGUUCGCCCUUUGAUAGAAGGGCUUGCCGAGUACAAUAAUGUGGUGUUCCUGACUACAGGUGAUGGUGUCAUCAUGCUGCAGCUUGAGUCAUUGCAAUUCAAGAAAUUUUACGAGAUGAGCGACGGUUUUUAUCAUUAUCCAUUCGAAAGUGUCUAUUCUGUAGGGAACCAGCAUUGGUAG